AUGGCCCAGUACAUCGUUCGGACUGUUUCCGGCUCAAAACCGGCUGCGCCGCCCCCGGACCCGCCACCCAUCCGCNAUCGAACCUCGACUGAUGGCCAUGGCCCAGUACAUCGUUCGGACUGUUUCCGGCUCACAACCGGCUGCGACGCCCCCGGACCCGACACCCAUCCGCCGCUCCAAGAAGGCGCCGUCGAAGUCGUCGAGGAGCAAGAAGCACAGAAAGGUCCCAUCACCGUCACCGUCUUCCACCAACCCGUCGUCUUCCUCGAGCGACGCCGAGACGCCCUCUCCUCCCAAGGAACAGAAGCGGGGCCGCCCGAAGUGCGUAGAAGAUGGUUUUGUUUGGUUGAGAUUCCGGUGUCGAUGUUCUGCGAGUCUUGGGUGGACAAUAUUCCGUUCGCAAGAGAACGGAUGGUUACCCCCCUGUAACACAUGUUGUUCCCUUUCCUUUGCGGUCGAUUGACGCGUGAUUGCCCACACAAUACACAGGAAGCAGACACUGGCAGCGACCGACAUGAACCAGCAGGCCGUCCCACCGGCUGCCGCUCACCAGGCCGUCCCACCGGCUGCCGCUCAACCCAUGCAAGCGCCUGCCCACGCAUACUACGGCGUGCCCCCCGGCUUUCAUGCAGCACCCCGCCUACCACCCACGGCAUCAGCGGCGAGUUUCAUACCCCAAAACUCCAGCUGGAUGAUGCACAACCUCUUCUAGGCUUUUUGUCGGAACAGCAGUGACGUUCGCGUCACAUAUCGCAUCUUGGUAGUGUGUGUUUUCUUCGAAACGUCCAGCACGAUUCUAUCUAGUUGUGGGGUAUUUCCGUUCGCAGUGUGGUGGCAUGUUGCUGUAUUUUCCCAUGCGGGAACAUGAACGUAGAAAAAUAUUAGCGCUUUGGGAUUAGCGUUGACGCGGUUAUUUUUUUUUUCCCUAUCCGCGCAAGGAGCUCCCGUUUUUUUGUACAUUUUUUUUUUUUUUUUUGUACAGUUUGAGGUCGCUCGGUCUUACAAAUAGCUCAAUAAUGGACGAAUAGCCCGCAAGAACCACGACACGCCCCAAAAAUAAUAAGAAAAUCGGGAUCGUAUGCGUUCCCAUGUUUCUAGCGCCCGGAUGGACGCCAUGGAAAGCGCGAAAAAGUAGGUAGUUUCCUGUAGGCUUUGAAAUCCAGACCUCGGGGGCACACACGAAGUCAACACGUUGCUCUUGUCUUGUGUUGGUGUGUUGGUUCCUUGCUCGUAUUCGUGAAAUGUCCGUUGUAACCAAGGUGAUGAAAGACAAUGACACCUCAUUUCGUUGGCUUCAUUCAGCUGUGUAUCCAGCAUAAACCCUUGGGACGCCAAGCACUUGCAUACAUCUGUUUUUCGUGCCUACCACCUUGCCACAAAACCACGAGGGGGGGGGGAAGCUGACACGCGAACGAAACGCGCGCGUUGGUUCUAGCUGCACAAGCGAAUAGACCGGUACGUCAUACACCCCGUGCACGAGUCAACUGCGAGUCAACUCUCUACUGCCCACCCAGGGAGGCGAGGAUCUGGGAUACAACCCAUGCGGGUUAGCCUGCGUGGAUGUCUGGCGAAGUUCCAAAGACAUCUUGCCCAUUGGCCACGCGUCCAAUCGUAAGAUUACGCUGCAGUCACAUCCCGCAAGGGCGAUGUAUGGUCGUUCCAAAAAGAACCAACAGACUGCCAAACGGCAACAACACCGAACGAUUAAAAAAAAAGGACUGACACCUACCUCCACGCAGCCACGCAGCAGGAGCACCGCUGGGCUGCGUGAUAGCACAUCCUUACCUCCAACGGAGUGCCAUGGGAGUGAACGGGUUGUCGCCAUACCUGAAGGAGGUAGCUUCUAAGCGGGUACCUCUCGACGACGAAGAUGGCACGAGACAGAAGCACCUGGUCGUCGACGGUCAUUUUGCGUUGCACAAAGCUGCUGGUAUCGGGGGUGUGGCAGUUCCUCUUGUGCUGGACGACAACGUCGUCCCCCUCGCGAUGUCGAUGGCCACAAGCCUGAACAAGCUUGCUUCGGCAGGGUGGGGGAUCACCGUGGUUUUCGACGGGGCUCCUCCACCCGGGAAAGGGGCAACCACGCGAUCGAGGUCUAGCGAGAGAGAGCGGACACGGCAGCAGUGCUUGCGUCUACGGGAGUCCAACGUGCCGCUUCAGCAUCCAGGUCUUCAGAAAGCAGCUGUGAACGCGGUAGCGUUUACGAGUCACAUCGUCGCCAGGGUCUCACGUUUUGUCUCUCGUUCGUUACGAUGCGAGUGCAUAACCGCGCCCUAUGAGGCCGACCCGCAGCUGCGUGUCUUGGAGGAGAUGUAUACAUGCAUGGGGAAACGUGUCCUGGUACGUGGAAAUGACAGCGACCUCAUGGUCAUCGGCGUUCGUUCCCUGCUCUGGGAGGUCGUGUCGGAAGAAGGGCGACUGUUCGGUAACAUCUUUACGCAUGAGGGUAUCACGCGCCCGCAGAUGCAUGCCCUCCGUGCUGGCACGACGCAUGGGCAUGAGUCCCUAAGGUUGUUGCACGGUGUCGACCAAGGCGGGUCGGGAGAUGCAGUGUGGUGGUCGAGUUGAGGUGAUGGCCCGCCUGCAGCUGUGGGCAUCUGUCUCAGGCAACGACUACAGCAAGUUUCCCGGGAUUGGAAAGGCAAAAGCCACGGAUUUCUGCCUGCGAAAGAAGUGUGGGCAGUUCCCCACGCUUGCGGAUGUGACGGAAGAUCUGGUUGGGUCAACGACCUGGACCGAAGCUGAGGUGACGGCGUCGCUAGACCGCUCUCGAGACAUGACGCUUCACCCUGUCGUGUUCUGUCCUGAGGUCGGAGUUCAACGACACCUGUCCGGUUGCGCUCCGACAAGUCGCGUGACUUCCAACACAGGGAUCAUCGCCAACCCUGAAGUCGCCGUGAAAGUAGCCUGUGGGAAAAUCUGCCCGUGCACAUUGCGUCCGUGGGAGUCUGACUUCCCAGAACAGCUGGACUCCCUGCCGUCGCACGCCCCGCGAGCCCCCCCUAAACGAGGACGGCGGACACUGACAUCCGGAGAAACGAACAACUUCGGGCGCACGGGUUUUUCGCGGCUGCCUACAGAUGCCCAACUUGGCAGCAUGACCGUAGCCCAGCUGCGUGAAUUCUUGGGGCCGUUCAGGUGUUUGGAGCAGGCUGGAACUACUUCGUUCCUGAAGCCUAAACUCCUCAGCGUAGCGAAAGGGGUCGUACAGGUUGUCGAGCAGAGCGGGUUGGUGGGAAGCUCGCUCGUGUUUCGCAUGCCGCAGCAGGACGCCGCUGCUGGCGGCCUUGGCCAGCCCUCCGAUGGAUGGCUGGAUUGGGAACCUCUUCGCGCGCAACUCCCUGAGCUCGCCGGAGACACGAUCAUUAUUGCGUGGCUGCGGGCCCGCGGUUCGCUCAUCGGAGAUACGGGGCGCGUGCUGUACCGAGGGAUGGAACGUGUGUUGGAUCUCGGGGCUCUGGGUUGGUUGUCCGGGAUCCCAUGCGGCGAAAACGGCGGGACGUUGCACCUGCGCUUAAACUCGCGCGGAUCCAUGAGAGACAAGGAACAUCUCGUCCAAGCUGAUGUGCGUGUGGAGAGGGUGGAAGUUGUUGCCCAACACCCCGACGUCGACGAGGGUGACAGCAACUCUAGUGACGGAAGGAGCGACGAUGACAUUCGACGGAGACUGGUCGCCACUUGUGUUGAAGCGGCAUGGUGCCAGUGCCAGUCGGGAGCGGGGGGGGGUUGCCACCACGUUUGCCAGCUCCUGCAACUAGUGCGCCUUUUGCAGCUGACAGAGCACGAGCUAGAGACGUGGGAACCGGAUUCGCCUACGAGUGACUCUUGCCAGUGGAUCCUCAGACACUGUGGGGGGGGGACGAAAUACUGAAUUCGACAUCUUCAACGGGGCGACGGUCAGGGAAGUUGUGGGAGAGUUACGAACGCUGAGAGAUCCCAAGAGAGUCCCGUUCGGGGGGGGUGGUGACGACGUGCCGAGCACGCGUGGAGUAGUGGCAAUGGAUCGCAGAACUGAGUUUAGCUCGCACCCCGAUCAUGGCAAAUGGGCGAGCGCCCGCGAGGACUUUGAUGGUGGCGAAAGUAUGAGCCACGCACAGUGGGACAUGCUGUCCAGGUUUAUUGACGGGGAAAGGGUCCCGGGAGCAGGAGGGAGUACUAGCUUAGCAGUCGACGUACUGAGACCCCGCUUGAGGCGUGAAUCUACUUGAAGACGCACGGUACCGACGUUUUUUAUUUUUUACCCGUGUCGCGUCGAGUGAGUCUGAUUUUGAAAAAAAUACCCAAGAUACAUGGUACCCUUCCAAGCGAGUCUCGCUCAUUUUAAGCAGGUGCUUGCGAACAAAUAUACGUCGAAGUACACCGCUACUUGCAGCGUGGGUCGCGCCCUUUCUGUGCAGCACGAUGCCCCCCACACCAAUUGCAUCAGAGACCACAUUUGCGGAAGAAGAAAAUCAUCAAUAGUCGACCUUGGCACCGCCCCAAAUGAGAGUCCGCGACAGGGCCAUCAGACCUAACCCAAAAGAAGAAAAACAGCGGACAGGGUUGGUGCACGGCUUGUUGUUUGCCCAAUAAAUUCAAGGACAGGUACAAAUGGUUAAAGAACGUUGAGCUCGUCCGCAUGACUGCCCCCUUUCACCUAAACAGCUGAUAUGAUGGGGAGCGCUCGCGCGCAGACAAAAACCACAACGACCUCCCAGGAUAAAAAAUAUAUAUAAUAUCACUUCUCGUGGUCAUUUCGCAGACGCAAAGGGCUUGCGAGUGAGGUUAACCAUGGCAGCGCAAACCAGAGCUAUCUCUCCUAUGUUGUCCAUCUGCUGGGAAUCGAACUUCGUCUCAAGAAUACGCCACUGUUUCAUGGCUCCUAUCGCUCGUUCUACGUGAAUACGGAGGUUGGCUACCUCCCGAGUGACGCUGGCAUCCUCCUCGUUGAACUGAUGUUCACCCUUUCGCUUGCUCGGCGGCGCAACGUAGUGCAUUCCAAUGUCGAUCAGGAGUGGUGCCAUCGCGUUAAAUCCUCUAUCAGCCAUUACGUGCAUGCCCUUGCCCCCAAAACCCAGCUCAGUCAACUCCUCCACAAUCCCACACUGUCUAACCAACUCGACGUCACUCGUUCGUCCAACAUACGCAUCGGACACGUAGCAGAUGGCACCCGCGGGGAUGAUGCCGAUGAGUAUCUUCGCUGUGUAUCUCUUCUUGUACUGCGACCACAAUGCAUGUUGCGCAUCCGACUGCCACACUUUUUCGCACCAAAUCUCUGUCCCGUCGAGAACAACGGCCACAGAGGAAAGACCUUCCCUUUCGAAAUUGGGUGGGGCACUCGACACCACGCUUCCUACAUCUGGCAAUCGCACGAGGGGCCUCAAGCUGUUCGCCAAUAAGUCGAGCCAACCCGUGAACGCCCUACCACCGGUCGAGUCACUGACACCGAACAGCGUGGACGCAACGCGAAUGGAGGUACCUGUACGCAGCACGAACAGAACGAAAAACAGGCCGUUGGUCCCCCCCAACUUCUUCGGGCGCCUCAAUACCCUCCGCCCGUCUUCUUUCACACCCUCUGCCUGUACCGGGUUCGCGUUGUAAAAGUUCAUGUUUUCUGCCACGCCGCCGAUGUUGAGGAAGUUGUACAGGCAUACCUUCAGGGAUUCCGCGCUCCUGAGUCCACACAAGCUCCUAGCUGCCUCGUCUCUCUUCCCCUCGAGAAUGGAAUCGUCAAUCCUGCUGCUGCGUGCACCCGGUGCCUCCUCAUCCUCCUCUCGGUUCGCCCUCUGCUGUUUCCCGUCAACCGUGAGCUCACGGAUUGUCUUCUCCAGCAUGUUGACUCGGUCCUGUAGUUCUUGUAUCCUAACAUCUUUCUCUACGUCCGUCAUGCUUGCGUCUAGCAGGGAUUGUCGGCGCUCCUUGAUGGCGUUGCUUCUCCGCAGUGCCGACAACAGCUGCCCCUUGGUACCGGCAGACAUCUGUUCGUCCGUUUGGCUCGGAAGGGCCCCUUCUACUAGCUUCACCACGACGUUUGUGCCACAAGGCCCCGAACCUUGCUUGCUAGCCUCCACGUCGUCAGCUGGGAAAUGACCAAGCCACACUCUUGGGUCUUGCAGGGUGAUUUCAUCAGCCAGGCCGAGUGCGUUCUGGUAGGCCGCUCUUUUACCCAUGGGCACCCGCAUUUCUCCCUCCCCACCGACCUCUCGGCACACCCGUGAGUUGCAAAUGCAUUUUCUCUGGGUGCUGCUGUACAUCUCAAGACUUUUCCGGCUUCUGGGUACACCCUGCGUCUCCUGUUGUGUCGGCGUGCGGGGGUGUGUCCACUGCUAUGGGAGGUGGAGGUUAUGUGCCCUUGCUCGUGGCGCGGGUGCUGCUGUUGUAGAGUGUGUCUUGUGAAAAAA